CUCCAGCUCCAGUCUCGGCUGGUGUAGUGAAAGCGGUGUACCGAACUGCUUUGGCCCUGCAGGUAGGUUCCCUGUGCUGGCAGCUGGACAUCCGCGAGUGGGAGGACCUGCGAGCGAUCGCGAGGGAUCCUUGUCUGCCAGGAGGUGGAAGAACAUCCUCCGCACAGGUUCAACAUUUGGACUCAUCUGAUGACAGCUCCUGACUCCAAGUGACUGACAUACACCUGUUGUUUCUUGGGUAACAUACCAGGGGCUGCGAUGGACCUGGUUCUCAAUGUUGCCGAUCACUACUUCUUUACUCCAUAUGUGUAUCCAGCCACGUGGCCAGAGGACAACAUCGUCCGACAAACUAUUAGUCUCCUGAUUGUCACGAACCUGGGUGCUUAUAUCCUCUACUUCUUCUGUGCAACCCUGAGCUAUUAUUUUGUCUAUGAUCAUUCAUUAAUGAAGCAUCCUCAGUUUUUAAAGAAUCAAGUCUCUCGAGAGAUCAUGUUCACGGUUAAGUCUUUGCCCUGGAUAAGUAUCCCUACCAUUUCAUUGUUCCUGCUGGAGUUGAGAGGCUACAGUAAGCUCUAUGAUGACAUAGGAGACUUUCCAAGUGGCUGGAUUCAUCUCAUCGUUAGUGUAGUAUCGUUCCUGUUUUUCACAGACAUGCUGAUCUACUGGAUUCACAGAGGCCUGCACCAUAGACUGUUCUACAAGCGCAUACAUAAGCCGCAUCAUAUUUGGAAGAUCCCCACUCCAUUUGCAAGUCAUGCUUUUCACCCUGUGGAUGGCUUCCUCCAGAGUCUCCCUUACCAUAUAUACCCCUUUGUCUUUCCACUACACAAGGUUGUCUACUUAGGUUUAUAUGUCUUGGUUAAUGUCUGGACCAUUUCUAUUCACGACGGUGAUUUUCGUGUCCCCCAGAUGUUAAGGCCAUAUAUUAAUGGGUCAGCUCAUCACACAGACCACCACAUGUUUUUUGACUAUAACUAUGGACAGUAUUUCACAUUGUGGGAUAGAAUUGGAGGCUCUUUUAAAAAUCCUUCUUCCUUUGAAGGGAAAGGCCCACUUAGUUAUGUGAGGAAGAUGGCAGAAGGAGAAUUCAACAGCCUAGCAGAAAAUGGCUGUAAAAAUGAAAAAUUGUGCAAUGGAGAGUUUACAAAGACUAAGUAGAUUAUUGCCCAAUUAUUAAAUAUUUUAAAUAAGGAAAUAAUCUACACACAGCCAAGAUACAUAGCAACUAAGUGGUGUCAUUUGAAUGUCAGCAUUGUGUGUCAUGCUGAAGAGUAGUCCUGACGAUAAACUGAGGGAAAAUGCUGGGAGCACCAAGAUUGUAAUCUCAUGGCUAAUGUGUCAGACAUUGGUCCAGGGACAACUUGUAUCUUUGCAACCAGCAGAUCUGCAGCCUGUACAGCCCCAAUAAGAACUUUAAAUAAGAUAGAAGAUAAGCUAUGGAAGAAGCUGGUCUGUGUCCUUUUGCCUUAAUCCACUCAUAUUCAUUAAGGGGGAAAAAAAAUCCAUUGUGCUUAACAAUACUGAGACUAGCCAAGAAAUACUAAUAUGAAGAUGGCUCCUUUCUGGGAGUGGCUGGCUCUGCAAUAGUGGUGGAGGACUUGCAGGACUUUGUUCAACUAGGAACAUCAGCCUGAACAAUCUAAUACAUGAGUGGCUAUGUAUAUGAUUUACAUAAUGGCUGGUUAAUAAAACUAUAUUAUCUUCUUAUACAUAGGCGCCUUACUCUCUGGGGCAUUAUCAGGUUUUAAUAAUGAAUAAAUAAAUGAUAAUUUUUUAAAUGUCAGCUCUUCAUAUUCAAUCCAGAUAUGAGAUUGUUUAAAGAUCUUGAUGCGUGUCAUUUAAUACUACUGUUUAAUAAGCCUAUAGACACGAAUCUGGAUAAUACUAGAUAUAAACUUGGGGCACCUAGGUGGCACAUCUCUGUUAAAUAAAGUGGAUGCACUGUACUUAUGCAUUUCCAAGUUAUAAAGCUGACUUUAAAUGAAGGGAAUAGUUGCCAAAUACUUAAGUCUACCUGAGAUACACUUUGAAACCUCAUCCUUCAUUUCUUCCCUCUCUUCCUACUGCCUUUAAAAAAAAAAAAAUACCACAAACACCCCCAUGAAGAAAGGUGGGUGUUGUAAAAUAAGUAUAUUGGUGUAAAGAUAUUUUAUUGGCUAUUUAUGCAAAAAACAAUAAACAUUGAUCAUGACUGCUAUUAAACACUUAAAUGUUAUAGCACAAACUAUCCUUUAUUUAAAUUAGUGUCACUGAAGACACAGAGGUUAUGUGGGUUGUAAAAGCUGAGAGCAUCCCUGACACCCAGGGUUAGACUGCUGGAUGUGAGUGUUGCUAUAAGGAUCUCUCACUCAGCAAAUCCUUUUCCAUUUACUAGUUGACAUUAACAAGUACUCUGGGGAAUGGAAAUGGGAAAUAAAGAGGCUCUGUGUAAGGAUCUAGACUUCCUUUUUCCUGGAGGUAUAACCCACCCAGGACCUGGGGUUCUGAAUCCAUAAGCAUUACUAAGAUAAGGACUGAUUGACAUGUUGGAUGAACCCGAUACCCAGCUCGUAGCAGUGUGGUGUGGAUACAAAGGAAUCCUAAAGAUACACUGUUUGAUACUACAUCAAGAAAGGACAGACCCCUCAAAUGGGACAUCUCUGUCAUCCCUCCUCCCCAAGGCUCAGGGAACAUCAAGGAAGAAGCCAAGGCCAGGAAAGAAUGUGGUAAGCUUGGACGUGAGGGGCCAUUGUGCAACUUUGUCUUUCUGCACACCAUCCAACCAGUGAACAUUCUGCAUGGAUGGGGUGAGGUCCCACCUCUGGCUGUGGAGCUGUUGACAGUUGAUGGCUGCUAGGAAGGGAGACUCAGUUUGCAGUGGUGCGAUCUCUAAGUUGCUUUUGUGCCAGUGGUGGCCCUGUACCUCUGAGGCUAGGGGCAGCUCUAAUUGGACUCUGGCUUAUACAGAAGGAAAAGAGGAUAUGAAAUUGGGAGAGGGAUGGGAGUGUCUGGGAGAAGUUGGGAGUGGGCAAGGUAGAGUGGCUAUAAUAAAAGUGCAUUGUGUAUGUGUAUGAAAUGAAAUUUCAGAGACAAACCUGGGAAGUUAAUCUUCAGCUUCACCUCAGGAGUUGCUGCUGGAGCCUUGGAGUUAGGAUGAGUGAGUGCAGGUGCCCUUUGCAGUUUGCUUUCCCCAUUGUAUCAGGGAUGAGCCACUGCUCCUCAGUAGGGUCAAGGGCAGAGAAUGGUGGUCUCUGGUUCCUGACUGCAGUGAGUCCUCAUCAGGAGGAUGGUGGAGGAGGCCACUUUCCCCUUCCCAUUGGGAUGUGAAAAGCAUCUAGAUGAGUUACAGGAAUGUAUAAAUAAGAUUAAAAACAAGACAUUGUGCAUUGUGAAUUCUCUUUAAUGAGGUAAAAUAGCUAGUGUUUUUGUUGCUGUAGCAUUCUUUUUUUCAAAAAAACAUGUCAUAAGCCAGUCUACAGUAAAAUUUAGAGAAAAAUAGAAUCCUGCCCCCCAUCCCCAAUAGAAUAAAUUUCUCAAGGACAGGAAUUGUAUGAUCCAGGUGUUAGUGGCUUUACCACCAAGGCAGGGUCUGGUAUCAGAAGAAAAACAUUCACAAAAACUUGUUUUAAUGAAUAAUUUGCUUUGUGAUGAUACAUUAAAGAUAAUUGUCUGGGGAUCAGGAUGGAGCCUAAUGGUAGAGUGCAUGCUUGGGGUGUCUGAGGCCCUCAGCCUCAUCCCUGGCCUGGCAAAAAUGUUUUCUUCCUAAAUCUCUAAAGUCAAGUUGAAGAUUUUUAUUAAUUCUAAGUGCAAUAAACUUUAAAAAAUAAGUUAUAAGUUAUAUGCUGGUUUCUUUAACAGUGAGCUCCUAAGUUGAGCCUAUCAUAUUCUCCUGAACAUGUAACCAUUUGUGAGAUUUUCUCCAAUUUGGUAAGAGACUUACCAUGUUGAUUCAGUCCCCUGGUCGGACUUGUGUUUGGGUACCUGGGCAGAGUCCCAUCACUCAGAUGUCACCACCAAACAGUGGGAUGGUGUCAGAAGUUAGUCAUUUGACUUGAAGCCACCUGUGCCCUCUUGUGGAGCCAGCUUACCUCAUGGGUUUCUGUUACUCUCCUUCAUUAUUUAUGUCUAUUUCUCUUAAUAUUGUGGUUCAUUCAGCCAUUCAUUUGGUGAAAGGUUGACCCUCUAACAUGCUACUAAAGAAACAAAUAGAAUCUUAAUUCACAUCCAACUAUGAAGGUAGGCUUUGUACCGGUGAUUCUUGUCUGCAGCUCCAGCAGUGUGUGCUGCUUGCUUUGGUACAGUUACGUACAUGCACCUGUCCAUAUUGUACAGUUCAGCCUUGGCAUUUACAUAGCAAUACUGCUACCACCACCACCCCCCAGGCAAGACAGAACAUGUCCUUCACCAGGGCAUGCAUUGUCUCCCCCUGCAGUCUCCCACCCACCCCCCAGCCUCAGAUAGCACUGAUCUACUCCAUCCCUGGGGAUUAAUUUUGUCUGUUCUAGAAUUUCAUGUAAAUUAAAUCAGAUGAGACAUACUCAUGUGUUGAGCUUUUUUUUUUAGCUUAACAUGUUUUUACACGUGUUCUGUAAUAGUUCAUUCCUUUUAAUUGAUGAGUAUUAUUCCUAUUAUGCCAUUAUACUAAAUAAUGUACUACUGUUGGCUAAUCUGUGUAUCUGUUGGUGGCUAUUUGGGGUAUUUACAGUGUGGAGAUAUUUUGAAUAAAGCUACUACAGACAUUUGUGAAUGGA